UAAGUCUUUCAUUUCUAAAGCUCUCGAUCAACACCUUUAAAAUGGCAUCACCUUCUUCUCCAUGCCGUCUCAAUUACAUCCCCAACCAAAUCUCUAACCCAAAUUAUGUCCGAAUUUUCGAUACAACCCUUCGCGACGGCGAACAAGCUCCCGGCGCCGCCUUGAACGGCCAGCAAAAGCUUGAUAUAGCACAGAACCUAGCGAAGCUCGGCGUCGAUAUAAUUGAAGCUGGGUUUCCUGCAUCUAGUAAAGAUGAUUUUGAAUCUGUGAGAGUGAUUGCAAAGGAAGUUGGUAAUGAGGUUGAUGAGAAUGGGUAUGUACCGGUUAUCUGUGGCAUGGCGAGGUGCACUCGUGGUGAUAUUGAUAAGGCGUGGGAGGCGUUAAAAUGGGCAAAGCGGCCGAGGAUUUUGACGUUUAUAGCGACGAGUGAGAUACAUAUGAAGUAUAAAUUGAGGAAGACAAGGGAGGAGGUGUUGCAGAUCGUGAAGGAGAUGGUGAGCUAUGCUAAGAGCUUGGGAUUUGUGGACAUUGAGUUUGGUGCUGAGGAUGCUGCCAGAUCAGAGAUCGAAUUCCUUUGCGAGGUUUUGGGGGAAUCUCUAAAGGCUGGGGCAACGACUUUAGGCAUUGCUGAUACAGUAGGAAACCUCUUACCAACUGAAUUUGCAGAAUUCAUUUCUGUGAUUAAGGCCAAGACUCCUGGAAUAGAUAAUGCCAUCGUUUCUGCACAUUGUCAUAAUGACCUUGGCCAAGCUUCUUCUAGUGCAAUAAUGGCAGCAAUUGCAGGUGCAAGACAAUUAGAAGUAACUAUCAAUGGAGUUGGAGAAAGAGCUGGGAAUGCUUCCCUUGAAGAGGUUGUAAUGGCUCUGAAAUGCCGUGGGGAGAAGUUGGGAGGGCUUCAUACUGGGAUCAACACUAGACACAUUGUCUCGACCAGCAAGAUGGUAGAGGAGUAUACUGGAUUCAUGGUUCAGCCACACAAGGCUAUCGUUGGAGCUAAUGCUUUUGUUCAUGGAAGUGGUAUCCAUCAGGAUGGAAUGCUUAAACAUAGAAGUACAUAUGAGAUCCUUUCUCCUGAAGAUAUUGGAUUGUCUCGGUCAAGUGAACCUGAUUUUGUCCUUGGAAAACAUAGUGGUCGCAGUGGUCUGAAAUCUCGCCUUUCUAAGCUUGGUUAUGAGUUAGAUAAUGAACUUGACGACAUAUUUCAGCGUUUCAAAGCAGCAGCUGCUAAGAAAAAGUGUCUCUCCGAUGAUGACAUAAAAGCAUUAGCAUCAAAUGAAAAUUUCGAGUCACAAGUUUGUUGGUCACUCGGAGAUGUACAAGUUACAUGCGGAAUUUCCGGUCUUUCUACUGCAACUGUUAAACUCAUCGGUGUUGAUGGAACAGAGCAUGUAGCAAGUUCAGUUGGAAAAGGCUUUAUUGAUGCAUCUUUCAAGGCCAUUGAUCUAAUUGUCAAGUUACCAGUAACACUUCUUGAGUGCUCCAUAAACUCUGUGUCGAGAGGCACUGAAACAAUAGCAUCCGCAAAAGUUGUAGUCCAAGAGGAGAACAUCCACAAAUCUUCACAAACAAGUAAUAAUGGAGUAAAUGCUCCCUGUACUUUCAGUGGAACUAGUGAAGGAAUGGACAUCAUAGUUUCUAGCAUCCUUGCCUAUGUGAGUGCUCUUAACAAGGUCAUGAGCUCUUCAGGUAUAAGAUGAGAUUGCAAGUGAUCAGAGAAAAUUGUAUUCUUAAGGAGAUUCUUGCGAGUUUUCUAUUGCUUCGAUUUUUUUUGCAACCUGGCUCCAUAAAUGUAAAAAAUUAUUGGAUAUUGCUUGGCUUUAUUAUUAUGAUAUCGUGUCAGUUUUCCAAAAAAAAAAAAUGUUGAUGCUCGGAUCCGGUUUCUUCAAUUCUUACUGCAUUAACUUUUGGGAAGUCAUGUACUGUCACAUCUCUACCUUGUAGUUUAUCACUGGGAGAACCUUUGGAAGGAGGCUCUUUUUAAGUUUGGAA